UUGGUCCUUGACAAAAUUGGCUACGGAUUAAGUUUUUAUGGUUUAUUGAGAUCUUUUGGGGUUUUGUUGCAUUCUACAUAUGGUGGUGAAUGGGAAUCCAAGGGCAAUAUAUAGGUUCGGUGGCAUGCAGUUUUUGGAUUUGAAAGCGAAUUUGGUUCCUGUUUAUGGUGAUUCAUGAUGAGAAGCCUUUGAACUGUUCAAGACUCAGGCGUACCGAGAACCCUGGCGGAAUUCGGAUGAAUGAUGCUUGAGUUCUCGGCUUACUGCUUCCUGGGCUAUCGCCAUUUCUAGGAGUUGUUUGAUUCGAGUUGCCUGCGAGGAAACACGGGGCUGUUUGAGACUAUGGGCUGCAUCUGCUCUAAAUCUGCGAGAAAAGAUGCGAAAGAGGGCAGCGUCCGUCGAGGUAAAGGCUCCAUCAAGAUCUCCGCAUCGUCUCGACGGCUGCGUGUCGUCCCCUCCCGGAAGGACGAGGUGGUGGUGGAGCCAGAAGCCGCGACGGACAAGGACGCGAGGGCGAGGCAAGUAUUAAAGCCUUCCGAGAACGUUGUGGUGCUCCCAGCGUCGUCUGCAGGAGAGAAGAAGGCUGAUAAGGUGGAUAAGCAGACAGAGGGAUCGGUUAAGAAGCCACAAAGGACGCAGCCGAGGGAUGACACUUCUGAUAUCGCUGCGAAGGAGAAUCAUGGCUUGUGGGCCGGCAAUGUGCCAAACCAGUUGGAGGGAGAGCAGAUAGCAGCGGGAUGGCCGUCCUGGCUCACGUCAGUUGCGGGAGAAGCCAUCAAAGGGUGGAUUCCUCGUCGGGCUGAUUCAUUCGAGAAAUUAGACAAGAUUGGCCAAGGAACCUACAGUAACGUAUAUAAAGCCCGGGACCUUGAGACAGGCAAAAUUGUAGCAUUGAAGAAAGUGCGCUUUGUAAAUAUGGAUCCUGAAAGUGUUCGGUUCAUGGCACGAGAAAUUAACAUCCUUCGCAGGCUUGACCAUCCAAAUGUUGUGAAGCUUGAAGGGCUCGUGACAUCAAGAAUGUCCUGUGGUUUGUACCUUGUUUUUGAGUACAUGGAGCAUGACCUUGCUGGACUUUCCUGCACUGCCGGUGUCAAGUUCACAGAGCCACAGAUCAAAUGCUACAUGAAGCAGCUGCUAUUGGGGCUCGAGCACUGCCACAGUCGGGGAGUUCUUCAUCGAGAUAUUAAGGGCUCAAACCUUUUGAUCGAUAAUAAUGGCAUCCUCCAGAUAGCAGACUUCGGGCUGGCAACCUUUUUCAAUCCCGAUCAAAAGCAGCCAUUGACAAGCCGGGUGGUGACACUAUGGUACCGGCCUCCAGAGCUUUUACUUGGUGCAACAGAAUAUGGUGUUGCAGUUGAUUUGUGGAGUGCUGGUUGCAUCCUAGCUGAACUCUUUGCAGGCAAGCCCAUCAUGCCAGGUCGUACUGAGGUGGAACAGCUGCACAAGAUCUUUAAGCUAUGUGGUUCACCAACUGAGGAUUACUGGAAAAAAUCAAAGCUGCAGAAUGCGACUCUUUUUAAACCACAUCAUCCUUACAAGCGCUGUUUCAGAGAGACAUUCAAGGAUUUUCCUGUCACAGCUUUGUCACUAUUGGAUUCACUUCUUGCUAUAGAACCAGAACACCGCAGGACAGCUACUGCUGCGCUUAAGAGUGAGUUCUUCACAACAAGGCCACUUGCCUGUGAUCCAUCAAGCUUGCCAAAAUAUCCGCCCAGCAAAGAGUUGGAUGUUAAACUUCGUGACGAGGAAGCUAGAAGGCAGAAAAGCAGUGAUGAAAAUGCUCAUCAACCUGAUAACAAGACUAGAGGGGCAAGAGAACCUGGAGCAAAGCCAGCUCCAGAUGCAACUGCUCAAUUUCGAGCAUCAAUGCAGAGGAAGCAAGGACAUUCAAAUCCUAAAAGCAACCGUGAAAAGUAUCAUCAUAAGAUUGAUGAUACUCUUUUUCCAAAUGAACCUCCCAGGGCUGCAUCGCUUGGAACCUCAAAGAAUGUCUUAUACCACUCUGGUCCUCUACUUCAUCCUAAUCAAGGGUGGAAUAAGAAGCAAAAGGAUGGUGAAAACCAGACAAUUCAUGGCAGAACAGAUGGUGGCAGUGGCAAGGGUGCAAAGCCCAGUGCAGAAUUGAGAUCACAAAGAUCUUACAUGCCCCAUAUGGCAUCUGAACUCUCAUCUGAUUUGCCGGCGAGAAGUAACAGCAAGCAAGAGCAUAGUAGAGAAAAAGGGACUCGGAUUUUGAACAAAUACAGUCCAAUAGAGGUUUCUGAACAAUCCGAGAGGCAACAACGGGCCCACCAUCUGAUAGAUAGACCUGCUACUACUACUCAUAAGAAGGAUGAAAGAACUACUGGAUCAACAACAGCCUAUGGACAUAAAAAGAGCAGGAUUCACUACUCUGGACCUCUUCUCCCUCCAUCUGCAAACAUAGACGAAAUGCUGAAGGAGCAUGAGCGGCAAAUCCAACAGGCUGUACGGAAAGCUCGAUUGGACAAAACCAAGACAAAAAAGAACCAAGAACUGGGAAGAUACCAAUUUUGAAGCGAUUUCUAGUUGUCCCUGGGAUCAAUGGAAGUUUGGGCGUUCAAGAAACUUCCUAUGUUCAUUCAGAAGGCCAAGGAUGUGGAAAGGUGAUAAACAUUUCCAACCAAAACCAUUAUGAAGGUACCAUUUUCACAAGAAAGGAGGAGGGCCUAUUGUUUGAUCUCUUUUGUUCAACUCGCAAUUCAACUGAUCAUGCCCACCCUUGGUGCUUCAUUCAUACCAAGCACAGUGUUGUUGCUUGUGGCCGUCUCAUAAAGAAGAUCAGGUGUCCCCACGAACUCUCUGAGAGGGAAUUGCUGAUACUUUCUUCUGGAAAGGUUUUGCUUUCAUUGAUGACAUAAUCGGGAGUUCAACAAAUGUUCGUAUAUUGAUCUCGUUCUUGGUAAAUUGUAUAAACUCAAUCAUAACCGCAUGUCAUAUCUGUAUUGCCUUCUGGUUCUACUCCAACACCAGAGGAGCUGUUGUUUGGUUUGUAAAGAAAAGUAUCCUCUGGAAUUUCAUCACAAGUCUGGCUUUCUAGCUUAAUCGAUGCAUAUGAAGAUCCCUUUUAUGCC